UUAUCGUCGGAGGAUCAUGACUUUGACCCAAUGGCAGAAAUGUUAGUGCAUGAAGAUGAUGACGAGAGGACUUUGGAAGAGGAAGAGUCUUUAGAGGGCGAGAGGAAUUUCAGCUCAGAGAUUGCAGAUCUGGAAAAGGAGGGAAACAUGCCUUUGGAGGAGCUGCUGGCCAUCUAUCGCUAUGAGGCAUCAGCAGGUUCCAGUAUAGACAGCUCCUCUGGAGACUUGACUGAUGAACUGCCAGACAUGACUCUAGAUAAGGAGGAAAUAGCAAAGGACUUGCUGUCUGGGGACUAUGAGGAGGAGACGCAGUCCUCAGCAGAUGAUCUGACCCCUUCAGUAACCUCCCACGAGGCCACUGACUUCUUCCCAAGAACACUUCGAUCCAACACUAUCUCUGAUGGUGAUAAGGAGUCUGAGUGCGACGAGGAUGGUCCAAGCCCAGAAGAUUCCAGGAAGGAAAUAAUGGUUGGGACAGAGUACCAAGCAGAGGUCCCUUCUUGCCUUUGUCACUAUAUAGAUGGCGAGAAAGUUUAUGACGAUGAUGACCAGUUACUCUGGAGCCCUGGAGUAUUGCCAGAAAGCAAGGUUAAGGGCUUCCUGUCUGAUGUGUUGUCACGGACCACAGACGAAAAGACGGGGUGUGACAAACCAGGGAUCCAUGUCAGAGACAAUGAGAAGGCUUUGUUUGAGCUUGUAAAGUGCAACUAUGACUCCCGUGAAGCACUAGAGAGAUACUGCAGUCAAGUGAAGUCUUCAAAAGAAGACUCUCCUCCGUGGUCAGAAGAGGAAUGCAGGAAUUUUGAACAUGCACUACAGAUGUAUGACAAAAACUUUCACCUCAUACAGAAACACAAGGUUACAACACGAACAGUUGCAGAAUGUGUGGCAUUUUACUACAUGUGGAAAAAGUCAGAGCGCUUCGACUUCUUUGUUCAGCAGAAUCGGUUUGGGAAGAAGAAGUACAGCAGCUAUCCUGGUGUAACUGACCUGAUGGACAGACUGGUGGAUGAGGCAGAGGGGCUGGCAAUGGACAGCUCUUCUUCUUUGUGUCCAGGAGGAGGUGGAGGGGGGAGAAUGGAGCCUACUACAGACCAGCAGCUCAGCCUUCUCAACUCCAUUACUGCCAGCGACCUCACAGCAUUGAGUAACACUGUAGCCACAGUGUGCAGCCCUACCGAGGUCAGUUGCCUGGAUUCUUAUAGCUUCCCCCCUCUGGAGAGUCUCCACCGUGGAUCCCUUAACCAUGAGGAGCCCCUGGGCUUCCCUUCCAACGGAGCCAACUCUGACUGUCUCAACAUGCUUGAUGCUGGUUUCUACCACUCGGACCUGGGCCAGCUGGGAGGGGUGUGUGUCAGCAAGGACUGCGAGCGCCCCUCAAAAAGACUCAAGAUGGCGCUGCCUGACUCCUUUAUCAGUGACGUCUCUGUGGGGAACCUCGGAGUGGACUUUGAGGGACGUCGGACAGCGACACACCACCACCGAAUAACCGGUGCCAAAAUGGCAGUGUCCGUCACAGACUUUGGAAGCUUGGCUGGCAGUGGCGAACCCAAUGGGUUUCUAGGAGCACAUGCACGGCACCAUACACAGCACACCACGGCACUCCAGUCAGAGUGAUCUUCCUGU